AUGAGAGUAUUGAAGAGGCUGGCGGUGGUGAGGAGAGACUCGAGAGGAGGGAUGGGGCAGGAUGCAGUCGCAGCUGGAAGUGGGACUGAAAAAAUGUGUGGAGUCAAGUUGAAUAAUAAUAUCAUGAAUAGUAGCGAGGGGGUACGCGAGAAGUACAGAGUGAAGAGGCCACAAAUCAACCCUCAACAAGCAGGACUCCAGGAGUCGAGAAGGAAAGGAAACAAGAUGGGGAGCAAGACAACAACCGAAGAUCCUUUGAUAAAGAUAAGGUUGAUUUCAAUCUGGGUUUCGAUAUGGCUGGAUACCAACGGAUUCUCGGGUGGUUUCCAUACAAACACUUGGGUUGAAACACCACUUGAGAUAUCCCAAUAA